UCUCGCCAUACUCACAUAAAAAUGUCGAAAAAUAGAGAAGCCGACAAUGCAAGCCAAGAAGAAGUGUCAAUUAAUGGAGACAUAUUAGAAUCAAUAUUCACUAAUGUUCCACUCAUAGAUCUUGUCUCCACCUUUCAAGUCUCCAAAUCUUGGAAGCAAGCUGUUUCUACUUCUCUUCAUCAUCUCAACCCAAUCAAACCAUGGCUUUUCCUCCACUCUCAGUCCACCAGGUCUCCUUACUCCACCGCCGCCUACGCUUUCGAUCCCCGCUCCUCCCUUUGGAUCAAGAUUCAAGAACCACCGUCGUCGUCGGAAAUCACUUCCGUCUCCCCUCUCCGUUCAUCUCACUCCACUCUACUUUACAUGCUAUCCCCUUCCAAAUUCUCCUUCUCUUUCGACCCUUUUCAUGAAGAGUGGCGCGUCGUUGACGCGCCACCCAUCUGGAGAACAGACCCUGUUGUUGCUGUCGUCGGCCACCGCGUUAUCAUCGCCGGCGGAACAUGUGAAUUCGAGGAUGACCCUUUAGCAGUGGAGAUGUACGACACCAAAACAUGCACGUGGGACACAUGCGAAUCCAUGCCCGCCGUCUUCAAAGACUCAGCAGCCUCCACGUGGCUGUCCACAGCAGUCACUGCUGAUAAAAUGUACGUUGCAGAGAAAACAACCGCCGUGGCUUUCCAGUUCGACCCGGAAACCAAAACUUGGUACGGGCCUUAUAAUUUAUGCCCUUACAUAAACAUGCAGAGCUGCUGCAUAGGGUUCGCUAACGACCGUCUGAUUUUGAUCAGUCUGAUCGGGGAAACUGAUGAAACGGUUAAUGAAGUAAAAUUAUUUGAGCUGAACUGUGAAUCAAUGGAGAUAACCAGAGAAAUCGGUGAGAUGCCGAAUUUUCUAGUGGAGAAGAUGAGAGGUGAGGUUUUAAGUUUGUCAUCAAUAGUUGUACAUGUAAUGGGUGAUUUUGUGUUUAUAAUCAACGGUUCAAAUCCUGAGGAGGUGUUCUUGUGUGAACUUGACGGCCAUGGCGGCGGAUGUAGUUGGAGUAGUGUAAGCAACGGUGUCGUGAAUGAUGGUGAAUGUACGUUGAUGGAGAGGUUAGUGUUUACUUGUGCUUAUGUGAGCUUGGGUGAUCUGUAUAAGGCUACUGUGAUUCAGGGCAGACGAUUCACUGUGCUUUGAGAUUUGAGUGAAUAAUUUUAUAAAUGUAAUUUUACUUUUAUUGAUUUGUUUAUUAUUAUGAUUUAAAUAAAAAAAAUAUAAUUUAUUGGGCAUUA